UCAUUUGUACAAACACCGGGAAGUUAGCGGCGGCAGCACUAUAACUUUUUGACCGAUCUACCAUCUCUUUCCUUCCAUACAAUCCCACUACAUAUUUGAAAACCAACCACAUUUUCCAGGCCAAAAACAAUGGAACGAAACAUCGACUUUUUCUAUUUUGACUAGUUCAAUUUACCUUCUCCAAGUUUAAUCCCAAAACCCUCCUUAAAAACUCAUUCACCCGAACACCCUGUUGAUUUUUUUACCUAACUUUCUGGUUCUUGCUAUAGUUGUGCUUCUACUUGUCAUAAUUUGAUGAAUUCGGCCAUCUUCAUUGACCUUGUGGCUGGAAAACGAAUAAAGGAGCAGGACUAAAAAAUAACCUGUUAAACGCAGAAGAUUUAUUUAUUUUUGUUUGUUUAAUUGAUGGCGAAGAAUAGUAGUGUCAGUAAGAAAGAGACGGCUUUGAGGUUAAGGGCGGGGGCAGAAGAGGCGGUGCAUUGUAUUGGAUUGGGCUAUGAUUUAACUCUGGACCUGCGGUUGAAGUACUGUAAGAAGCAAAUUACGAGAGAGGGCUCCAGGCUGAUCGCGAUUGACGAUGAUCAGGUGCGGGAUAUUGCGAUUCCUGGAGGUAUUUUGGUCCAGAAUGUACCCAAGUCCAUCAAUUGCGACAAAGGCGAGCGCAUGCGGUUCAGCUCUGACGUUCUAUCUUUCCAGCAGAUGUCGGAACAGUUCAACCAGGAAUUAUCACUUUCAGGUAAAAUCCCAACAGGCCACUUCAAUGCAGCUUUUGAGUUUACGGGUUCCUGGCAGAAAGAUGCUGCCUUCACAAAAUCAGUUGCUUUUGAUGGAGUCUCUAUCACCCUCUACAGUAUUGCAUUAGAGAAGUCCCAGGUAGCUCUGGCUGAUCACGUCAAACAAGCAGUCCCAUCGUCAUGGGAUCCAGCUGCAUUGUCAAGGUUUAUUGAGACAUAUGGUACCCAUGUCAUCGUUGGUGUCAAGAUGGGGGGAAAGGAUGUUGUAUAUGUAAAGCAGCAAUAUUCGUCAUUGCUUCUGCCCACCGAUGUGCAGAAAAGAUUAAAGGAUGUUGCAGACAAGAGGUUCAGCAAUGCAAGUGGACAUUCUGGGAUGCAGCCUGAGAAAGCUUACCGUGGGGAAAGGCAUGAGAGUAAUGAACAAGGACUGACCUUUGAUUCCAGUACACCAAGUUUUCACUCUAACCAAGAGGAUAUCACAUUCUUCUGGAGGAGGAGAGGUGGAAGCAGCAGUAAGAAUAUGCCUCAUGACAAGUGGUGCCAAACAGUUCAGCUUGAGCCUGAAGUGAUUUCAAUGUCCUUCAUUCCAAUUUCAUCACUUUUGAGUGGAAUUGAUGGGAGUGGAUUCUUGGGCCAUGCCAUCAACCUGUACCUACGUUAUAAACCACCAAUCGAAGAACUUCACCAAUUUUUGGAAUUUCAACUUCCAAGACAAUGGGCACCAGUAUUUGGCGACCUUCCCCUUGGUCCAGAUAAAAAGCAGCAAAAUGUUGCAUCUUUGCAGUUCAGUUUUAUGGGUCCCAAGCUUUAUGUUAAUGCUAAUGAGGUUGAGGUGGGGAAUAUGCCGGUAACUGGGAUGAGGCUCUAUUUGGAAGGAAAGAGAAGUAAUUGCUUAGCAAUCCAUUUGCAGCACCUUUCCUCUGUGCCAAAAAGCUUUCAACCUCAUUAUGAAUCUGGUCAAAACUACAGUAACUCCUAUGACCGUAGAUAUUACGAGAAGGUUCAAGGAAAGAGCUUUUCUCAUGUAUGCACUGCCCCAGUCGAGUCUGAUGAUGAUCUCUCUAUAGUUACUGGAGCAAGAUUUGAAGUUGGGGAAUCUGGCAUGAAAAGUGUUCUGUUUCUACGCCUUCAUUUCGCCAGAGUUGCUGGUUCAACAGUUGUGAAGAAACCAGUGUGGGAUGGUUUCCCGGCCCUUGUCCAAAAGUCAGGAAUUCUUUCCACUUUAAUUAGCACUAAGUUCUCCACUGGACAUAAACCUCCUCCAAAGCCAGCUGAUGUUAACAUCAACUCUGCUCUAUAUCCAGAAGGUCCUCCAACUCCUGCUCCAACUCGUAAGCUCUUGAGGUUUGUUGACACGACGGAGAUGACAAGAGGACCACAAGACCCACCCGGUUAUUGGGUAGUAUCCGGGGCUAGGCUUAUGGUCGACAGGGGUAAAAUAUCUCUUCGCGUCAAGUACUCUCUCCUAGCCGUGAUUUUGCAAGAUGAUGAGGCAUUAUUGCCUGGGUAACAGCGGAUCUACUCGCAGAAAAGUUAAGAAUAAUGAGGAGGAACCUAAGCCUGAGCCGGAGAAAUUCGUAUUUUUCUAUUUCAUGUGCAAGUUGUUAAAGCCCUCCAAAGAUUAGCGUUUGAUUUGAAAUGAGAAUUUGGAUACAUUUUUUUUCGUCAUUUGCUAUCUUCUCCCUGAGUCGUGUGAUAAUGUAGAUACAGAUUUCUCGUAUGUAAUUAUUGCUGUAAUAUUUAGGAAUAUAUAAAUACAUGCUUACCCUUAAAAAUGUAUUUUUGUAGAAUGGAUUUUGUGAAAAGUGAUAUUUUCGGAGAA